ACACACAUUUUAACGCGAGCGUGCACUCGAGUGAAGUGUGCGGCGUCCUGCAGAGGAGGAGGAGGAGGAGGAGAGACAGACUGCGAGCACCGAGUGCACCGAGGGUUAGAGGUUAGACAGGCUUCGAUCUGUCGGUAAGAAACGUGGGGGGAAAGUCGGAGAGAGCUCAGGCUCCCGGGGGCAGAAGCAGACGUCCGAUGAGAGGCUGCGCUGCGGCCUCGCCUGCGCUCCCGGCCCGCAGCGGUGACGACAACCAAGGGGCCUCCGCCUGAACAGUGAGGAGGCUGAAGACGAGACAGACAGACAGAGAGAGAGGGGAGAGUUGGGGCAGCAAAGGGUAAAAAAGGAGAAGAAGAAGAGAGAACGAGAUCUGGAGCGGAGCUUGUGAUGGAGACCCUGCCCGUCUACCACGGACCCAUCGGCAAAGAGGAGGGGGAGAGGCGGCUGGCGCAGGACGGCCGGGACGGCUGCUACCUGGUGCGCAACAGUGACUCCGUGCCGGGCGUCUUCUGCCUGUGUGUGCUGUGCCACGGAUACGUCUACACGUACAGACUCCACAGGGAUGACGCGGGCUCGUGGGCCGCAGAGACCAGCCCCGGGGUGCAGAAGCGGUAUUUCCGUCGAAUCAAGAACCUGAUAGCCGCAUUCAAGAAGCCCGCACAGGGCAUCGCCAUGCCCCUGCUGUACCCCGUCACCGCGCGGUGAUCGGCGGCCCGUCGCCGACGACACCCGGCGGCCCGUCGCCGACGACACCCGCUCGGGGACAGAGGUGCAGGAACCGGAAGGAGGUGCAGCGAGCUUUUGCUCAACCCGAGCUAACCACUGACCUUAUUAUGAACAAAAAUAAAUACUGUAUUGGCCGGAUGCCUAUUGUUACAUUAUGCUGUGUGUGUGUCAUUUAAAUGGCAUUUGUUUUUUUCCCCCUUUCUAUAAUGAAGCAGCUCAAUCCAGGUCACCCAGGCUCCAGCAGAGACUCACUUCUUAUAGUCCCAAUCUGUUUUUUUUUUCUUUUUUCUUUUUUCUUUCUGCAUAUGCGGCACAGAACGUGCCUCAUAACUUCCAGGGAUGUGACGUCAAAUAUUCAACUGCUCAAACAUUAAUAUCCAUUACUGCGUGCUCGAGUUGACGUCGGUAUAUUGUGCUCCGGUUCCCUUAAUGCAAUUCGGUUUGUGCGCCAGGGAAAGAAAAUAAAUGAUAUUGGUUGAAAUAAA